AUGUUGUUUUUCAAAUGGUCAUUGUUGGUGACUUUGUUUGCUGCUGUUACUAUUGCUACACCCACCGAAAAGAGACAUGAUAAGUACAUUGCUUAUCCGAUCGAACAUGUCGAUCAUUCAUCUCUUGCAAAAAGAUAUGAACUGGACACGUUUGACGGUUUUGCAGGAAGUGGUGCCAGAUAUAUUACAAAAUUAAAAGUUGGAUCCACCAAACAAGAAGUUGCAGUCAUUAUCGACACUGGAAGUUGGGCAUUGAAUUUCCCUAGUAUUGAUGCCAAAUGCGGUGGCAAAGCGUGUCCUGCAGAUGUGGCUUUCGAUCCAAAGCAAUCGACCACUUACAAAAACUACAGCACUGUCCUGAAAAGUUAUUAUGGCAGUGGUGGUACAACUCAUGCUUUUGGGUUCAAGCUGGCUGAUGAUUUUUAUUUUGACAAUGGUGACAAGCUUCCAAAUUUUGAAUUCACUUUGGUUAAUGAAACAUCCUCCCCAAGAGGUAUUUUUGGCAUUGGAUACAAUACAAACUCCAACACUUCCUAUAUUUUGGCUACUAAGAAAGCUGGGUACAUUAACCAAGCUGGAUUUUCAAUCUAUUCAGGACCAGAUGACAAAGGUGCUUUCCUUCUAGGUGGUGUCGAUAAAGCCAAAUAUGAAGGAGAAUUGGCACUUUAUGAAAGUAAAUUGGCUGUUCCUGCCAAAUCCAUCACAACAGCCAAUGGCACAGUUUUAGAGUUCCCCAGUGUUUUGGCUUUUGAUACAGGUAGUGCUGGCUUAAUAUUGGACCCUGAGAUUGUUGACCAAAUCUUUCGAGAAGUACGUGAUGAGAAGGGCAAAAUUUCAUGCGAUUUAGCCUUGAGCGGUAACAAGAAGUUCCAAUUUGAUCUUGGUCAAGGAAUAUUGAUUGAAGUGCCUUACUCGGAUGCUUUCUACUGGAAUGCCGAUAAAACCAAUUGUCAAACCCGUCUUGGAUCAACAGGACGUCACGGAGCAACUCAGAAUGUGGGUGUUCCGCUUCUUAAGCAUGUUUUCCUCACUCAUAACUAUGACACCGGAAAGCUCGGUGUAGCUCCAGUGAAGCACACCGAUGAGAGUAACAUUGUCGACUUUUGGUUUUAA